UGAUCAUGUUUAAAGUUUAAGUUGACCUUCUAGAAACAAAACUAGCCACUGGACAGUGGAAAGGAAAUAGAAGCAAAUGGCCUACACGCUCCACGUGUCCGCUUAUCACAGAUGCAAUUAAAACACUCCCACGUGUUGAACCGAUUUAAAUCCGACGGUUUAUAAGCUUCCACGUCGAGACCCCAUGAACCCCCGUCAACGAAAAAUUCCGGCGGUGUUUCCUCCUUAGUUGCGUACGUGGCAGUUCUUCAAACAUCCACGCGCUCCGUCCUUUGCGUCUCCCAUUUUUCCUCUUACAAAUCUCCUCUUUGUUUUUUACUUUUAAUAUUGCCACAUUUAAACUAAAUAUAAAAGGAGUUUGAAAUUCGAGGAAGCGAGGAGGAAAAAAAUGGUGAGGCCGGGAAGGGGGAGGGAUAACGGCGUUAAUAAUAACAGCAACACCCGUUACAAGGGAGUACGGAUGAGGAAGUGGGGGAAAUGGGUAGCGGAAGUACGGCAACCGAACAGCAGAGGAAGAAUAUGGUUGGGUUCUUACAAGACAGCGGAAGAAGCUGCUAGAGCUUACGACGCUGCGGUUUUUUGUCUGCGUGGGAGUUCGGGGAAGCUUAAUUUUCCUGAUAAUCCUCCGGAUAUAGCAGACGCUAGUGAGUUGCCGCCGGCUCAAAUCCAGGAAGCAGCUUUCAGGCACGCGCGUAAGGUUAUUACUGAAGAAAAGGAAGUGAAAGAAGAGAUGGCGGCGGGUGGGAAUUCUUACGGGGAGUGUUAUUUUGGUGGUGGGAGUGUCGGAGAUGGGUCCGGUGGAACUUGUUAUCAAUCGUCUGGUUUUUGGACUUUCUAGCUCUAGGAGUUUUCUUUCUUUCCUUUUUUUUUUUUUGUUUUGAAUCCCACGUUAGUGUAUGCGAAUUUGAUAGGUUUGUAGUUGGAAAGUUAAUGGGGAGUUUUUGAAGUGAUUUCUAUAGUGUUUUGCCUUUCAAUUUGAUAUGUGUUUCGGCUCAAUUUUGCAAAUUUGAAUUGAGUUGCAGAUGUACAGUAUCUGUAAAGGUUCUGUCAACAAUCUGUGUUCCAUUGGAAUUGCCAUAUGCUGAAAUGCAUAGUUUCUUCCUUUUUUUCUUUCUAAUUUUUCAUCCAAAAUAUUUCUUUAUUUUGGGCUCAGAGAGAAAAGCUUGGCCUGGUGUAGCCACUCGAUGAAA